ACGCGGAAGUGCCGCGCUCGAGUCACGUGAGGAGCUGUUUUCGCAGCGAUGCGUUUGUCGCCCGGUCCAGGCAAUUUUAGCGCGUUUAUUAAAGCGUAGAAAGCGGCGACAGCUAAAGAUCGCGAGUCCUUGACAUGGAUGAGGACGGCUUGCCCAUCGUGGGAUCAGGAGUAGAUCUCACAAAGGUUCCUGCCAUUCAACAGCGAAGGAUCAUUGCUUUUCUCAACCAGUUCAUCGUCCACACGGUCAGGUUCCUGAACCGGUUUUCCACAGUGUGUGAGGAGAAACUAGCAACAGUAUCAUUACGAAUCCAACAAAUUGAGACCACGCUAAGCAUUUUGGAAGCCAAGUUAGCUUCUAUUCCCGGUUUGGAAGACGUGACGGUGGACGGCGUGAGGUCGUCUACAGAGACCAACGGUCCCGCUGCAGCUAGCAGUCCCGCCCCGGGCCCCUCUUUGGGUCCCCCUGUUGAGGCAUCUCGGCAAGCACAAGCGGCCCCCCAGGAGCCGAAAGCAGAGGCCCCGGCGGAAAAUGUGAUGACCGUGGCCAAGGACCCACGAUACGCCAGAUACCUGAAGAUGGUGCAAGUGGGUGUUCCGGUCAUGGCCAUUAAAAAUAAGAUGGUAAUGGAGGGUUUGGACCCCGGUUUGCUCGACACCCCUGAUGCACCUGUUCCAGACGGUGGUAGAAAGGGAUUGGGAGAGCAAGACGAUGACGGCUCAGGCAGCGAAUCGUCUUUCAGCGACUGAUGAGCUCGCGGCUAAUGGCCGCUUCGUUGAAGUUGAGCCUCGCUCACCUCGAAGGAGGGUAAAUGCACUUGAAUGUCCUCGCAGAUAGACACUUAGUGAUGGCACUGCGUUCGUUUUACAUCUCAGAGACGGCAUACAUCUGUAGUGGUGGUUUCUGAGGGCACACGCUCACUGGGUGAGAUCGCUAAUAAUCCUUUUGAGUCUGUUUAAGAGCUAUUUUUACGUGAAUUGUCACGAAUAUAUCUCAUCUCCUGCCUGACAUGUACAUGUUAAACGCCUAGCAUGUACGUCCGACCACAAUAAAAAUAAAAAUAAUGCAGUGAGUGCAUUUUUAAUGAAGUAGACAAAGGCAGCCUUGUUCAUGAAUCGAAUGUUUUUCAUUUAGCUUUAGUUGUAACGAGCUUAAACUGACAUCGAAUCAAAGUAACAUCAAUAACAAAAAUGACUACGUGUUAGAUUUAGGUUUCUAAUAGUGCUUAUUGUGAUGCACAGUCAUUACAGAUUUGCUUAUGCUGUAUUUUCCAAAUCGAACUUGUUAUUAAAGGUUGUUAAAUCUGAAUGCAGUGAGAAGUUGUUACUUCAAAGCCUACACUACCAUUCGGUUUUGGGAUUGGGAAGAUUUUUGCUUUAAUGUUGAAAAAAAAGGCUGCAUUUAUUUGGUUCAAAAUACGGUAAAACACGUAAUAUUGUAAAAUAUGAUCACCGCUUUAAAUCAGCGUUUUCUAUCUGAAUGUAUUUCGAAACGUAGUUUAUUUUGAUGCAAAGCUGAAUUUUCAGCAGCUAUUGCUCCAGUCUUCGUUGUCACAUGAUCUUUCAGAAAUCAGUGUUGAAUAAAUCAGUGUGUGUGUGUGUGAGAGAGAGAGAUAGAGAGACAGAGUGAAUAUGAAGUUUAAAAGAAGAGCAUUAUUUGAAAAAAUAAGGUUUGUAACUCUGAAUGGUAGUGUAUGCUGUGAUUCCUAUCGUUACACAUUAAAGCAGUCACUUUUCUUCA